CCGAAGCGAUGGUUUGGGCUAACUUUGUCCUCCCCCCUUCCUCCUUCCCCGUUGGUACCUUCCGAACAGAAGGAGGCGGAGGGAAGGCCGGAGUGUUGACGGCGUCGCCUAGCAACAAGGGAGAGGAUGGAUCCCGGCGGCGAUGCUGCACCAGAACAUGGUGAAAUUAAAGAUGAGAAGAAAGAGUUGCUUGCAGAAGAUGAAGCGCCAGAAGAUAUUAUUGCCAAUGAGGAAGAUGCAGGAAAUGCCCCCACAGAGGAAGGAGAAAAAAGUACUCGAGUGGCCAUUGUGGAGGAAGAGACAGAGGCCAUUCCUGCAAUGGCCACAGAGGAAGCAACAGCAGUUGCUCCUGCAGCAGAUGCAGAGGAAGAGGCAGCUAUUUCUUUUGAAGCAACCAUGGAGGAAAGAGCAGGAGUUGCAUCUGCUACAGGCACAGAAGAAGAAGCAACAGUUCCUGUUGCAGCAGCCAUGGAGGAAGGGUUAGAGGCUGCUCCUGAAAAGGCCAUAGGGGAAGAAGCAGUAGUUGUUGCUGCUGCAACCACAGAGGAAGGGGCAGAAUUUGUUCCUGCGAUGCCCACGGAGGAAGAGCCACCAGUUAUCUCUUCAGUGCCUACAGAGGAAGGGCCAACAGUUGUUCCUUCAAUGCCUCCAGAGGAAGGGCCACCAGUUGUACCUGCAAUGCCCACAGAGAAAGGGCCACCAGUUGUUCAUGCAGUGUUUGGGGAAGAGAGAUUGUUGGGCAAGACCCUCAGCGUGCCAAGACCGGACAUUUAUGAAUACAGAGAAUCCCCCUUUGGGCAGGUUUCCGAAAUAUUAGCAGACACCGGCAGCUUGCCUUCAAGACUGUACAGUGAGGCAAUGUCUUCCUCUGCAUCCUCAACAGCCAGCAGCUUGAGGUUUGAAAUUCCCGAGCAACGUGCGACAUCAGGUGCUACAUUAUCAGUUGCUGUUCCUUCCUAUUCUGGAUCUGCUUUUCAGCCUUCGUCUCUACAGUUUGGUUCUUUUAGCCCCAUGGAAGACCAUGGCAAUGAAGAUAGAUUGCAGGUUACUGACAGAGAACUUGGUGGCGGUGAGGCAGAGGAAGAAACCCAGUUGGUUGUGUUGGAUCCAGAACAUCCAUUGAUGAAAAGAUUCCAAAGUGCUCUGAAGGCCUACCUCAAUAAGCAGAUAGGAAAACUGACUGAUGAAGUUUGUGAACUGACAGCAUCCAUAAAGCAUGGGAAGGGGGAGAGAGAGAACCUUGGAGUGAUCUUGUAUGGAGUCCAGCAGCAACUGGCCAGGCUGCAGAUGGAACUGGAGAAGAACCACAACUGCCAUUCCCAGAUUGCCAUGGCACGCCGGCAACUGGAGGAAGAGUUGCAUGAUCUCAGGAAGACAUACAAGGCAGCAUGUGAAAGCACUGAGGAUGAACGCAAAAGAGUUUCAGCCAUGCAGACAGAGAUAGAAAAGCUGUCCAUGCGCCUGUUUUACAUGCAGAACAUGGACAAAGAUGUCCGUGAUGAUAUGGCUGUGAUGAAAAGAAUAGUGAAUAAAGCUGAUAUGGAAAGAAUGCAUGCAGAAAUCGAAAAACAAAAACAGGACCUUCAUGUAGAUCGCUUAACAAAGAGGGUCAAUGAGUUGGAGGAGCAGAUAGCUCUCUAUGAAGCACAAUACAUGGCACAGUCUGAAGACACAAACAUUACACGGAAAGAAGUGGCAGAGGCAAUUACAGAGAUACAAGCCAUUCAGUUGGAAAAAAAGCAGCUCUUGCGUAACUGGGCUGGGAGCUUGACUGGGAUGAAGCACCGAGAUGAAGCUUAUGCUGCUAUGCAAGCGGCUUUGCUAGAAUCCAGACACAAGCUCAAGGCAUUGGAGAUUGAAAUUGAAGUCUACAAGAAGUCCAUCACCAAGGAGGAGGAGAGAAACGAGCUCUUGGCUUCUCUCUUAAACCGCGCAGAGAAUGAUGGCAACACAAGCAGGAAGCUGAUUUCCCAAUGCCUGGCUAAACAGGAUGCCAUGAAAGUGGAGUUUGGGACUUACACCCGUGCCCUUCAGGAGACAGAGCAAGCCCUCAUUCGGGCCAAUAUGGAUCAAGCUUCUCGCACGAAAGAGUUGGCGAUUCUUCGAAAAGAGAUCGAGAAGGGAUCAGAAACCAAGCAAGAACUCGAGAAUGAGAUCAUAUCCAAGCUUCAGGAUCACCUGAUGUCUAACAAAGCAGCAAGAUAUUAUCUACAACUAGGUGUUAAACUUCAAGACCAACUGAUGGCUUUGGACAUACAGCUCACCAAGGUUGAGAAUGACACAGCCCAAACUGAACUGAAUAUCACAAACACCAGCUGCAAGCUGAAUAUGUUUGAGAAGACCCUGUCGGAUGUAGACAGCAAAAUGGACAACCUCAACAAACAAAUCAGUCAUAGUGAAGCUGAAAUUGCUAAGCGUAACCUCCUGAUUGGACGCAAACAAGGGGUGAUCAACCUGUACAACAAGAAAUUGGAAAUGCUGAUUUCUCAACUUGGGGGACAAGAACUGGGGCCCUUGGAAAUUGAAAUCAAGAAACUCACUAAACAUAUAGAUGAUAUUGAGUUGGAGGUGGAGAAGUUACAGAGAGAGUGGCUGAUUCAGCAGAAAGAGUUAGUAAAACUUACCCAAGAGCGAGAUGGGCAGCUCUCUUCCUUGGAUAUGUUAAAGAAAGAAAUCACGAUCAAGGAGCAAAAGAAAGUCCGCAUAGAAAAUGAAAUUCAGCAGGAGAAAAAUGAGCUGAAGGACAUUGAGCGCCACAUGAAGAACAUGGCUAAUGAUUUAGUCAAGCUACAUCUGUUGAUCAACAAGAACAGAGAGGAUUCUGAAGAGCUGCAGCAAGGAAACACCUUAAUGGAGAAUGAGUUUGUGCGCUCUCUCAAGGCCUCAGAAAAAGAAUCAAUUCAGAUGCAAGAGAAGCUGGACCGUCUACAGGAGGAAAAAGAGAGACUCCUCAACAGCCUAGUGGAGGCAGAAUGUCAGAUGAUGCAGUGGGAGAAGAAGAUACAGUUGGCCAAGGAAAUGCGUGCUGCAGUGGACUCUGAGACUGGGCAAGGCGAGAUCAGAGCCAUGAAGUCAGAGAUCCAUAGGAUGCAGGUAAGGUACCAGCAGCUGAUGAAACAGCAGGAGAAACUAAUGCGAGAUACAGAGGCUGCAGUGGCCCGCCGAGAGAGUAUUGUGAUUCGUGCAGAGGCCGAGAGCAAGCUGAACAAACAACUGCUUACCAAGGGCGAUUUCCACCAUAAGAAGCUAGAGCUAAAGAAAAAGAUCAAGGAGACGCAGAAGAAUGCUGAGGAAUGCAACAAAACUCUAAACCAGCUUGAGACGGCACAACGGAAUGUGGGCAAUGCUCUCCUGGAGAAGCAGGACGAACUUGCCAUCUUGAAUAGUGAAAUAGAAGACCUUGAAGUACAGGCAGAUAAGCUGCUGGCAAAGAAACGGCAGAACCUUGCAGAUAUUGUGUCCAGUCAGGCACGCAUGAAGCACUUGCAAGCAGUGAAGGAAGGGAAAUACAACCCACUCUGCCGUUCUGAGAUAAUGAUACGUGUUGAACGCCAGAAAAUAGACGAGCGGCUGCAUGCCAUCAGCAUCAUUCUUUAUCAAGUGGGGAGGGAAUGCCCUCAUUAUCAAAGGACUCUGCAGAAAAUCAACCAAAUUCUAAAAAAACAAUUUGGAUGAAGCAGCAGCAAAGUAACAGAAAGAAGGAGACCGGGAGUACAUCAUUUACAUUUUGUCUUUUCAUCAAUAAAUAUGUGUUUGUGAAAGGAA